GCUAGAAAUUCGAGCGAACAAAAAAUGUCAGCAACGAGUCGAUCCGUGAAAAAACCUCCAAAUGUAGGAUGAUUUCUCAUCAUAUUAACACAGAUUCGAAUUCAGCUGUUGUUUUUUUCUACCUGAAGCCAGAUUUAAUGUAUUGUAUUCGUUUUUUUGCGUAGAUUCUGGAGAAGAAAAUCCACAAGAAUCCAAAGUAUGAUCAUAUUGGCGCAACCGUUGACACGGGUAGGUUUUUUGAAUGAAGAUUAUUGUUACAAAUUCAGAUGAUCUGAUUUUAAAUCUGUUAGAUGUGUUGCCCUCCGAUGACAAUAUAUUUGUAAUUUCUUCGUCUCAGGAGCCAGCAUUUCAAGAUAUGAACAAAAGAUCGAAGAAAUGCGGAAAAGUAGGUGACCUUCUAGUUUGCAUGUCGUACUUGUAGCCAAUGAAUUUAAUUAAAUAAUUUAAACUUAAUUUAUUCUCAAGUUUGAUCUGUUCACUGGCUUCGAUCGAAAAUGAAUUACAUCUAACUUGUUUUGCGAGCUAUGGGUAAAAUAGCUGUUUUAUCAGCUGUCAAUCUCCAGCCUUCAUCUAUUGUAAAAUAUUUAGCAUUCAUUGGCUAUAUUUUAUUUAUAUAUGUCUGUAAACAUAAUUGUCUAAAUCUUCUUGAGAAUGGGGCAAUUAAAGCUCUGCAUUGAGAUUUCUAUGGAGGGUACAAUAUUUAACAAGUCGAAAGGCUAGGAAAAACAUUCACAGUACAAAAAAAGUUAUGGAAGACAUUGUGAAAUCCAUUACUAAUUCUGAAAUUUAGUUUUACUGAUCCUUGACUGUGACAAACUUCUAACAUUUCUCCUCAUUGAACUAUUCAGAUUACAAAUACAGGAAGGAUGAAAUUUUCAAGAGAAUGAAGGUUUCAACCUUAGCACAGCUGGUAUGUUAUACGUUUUGUCUAUUGUGAUUGUAAGCUUGAAGAAGAACAAACAGCUUACCUAUUUAAUCCUUUAACCCUUUAACUCCCACAAGUGAUUGACAUGUAACUUCUCCCUAUAAAAUCCAUUCAUCAUCUAGCAAAGAGGUAACAAGAAUACUUAUACUAAUCAGGUAGAGGUUGUUUUCUUGAUUUAACACCAAAUUCAUGUAACUUAUUUAAAAGGAAAUGUGUAGCAGCUAGAAGGGAGAAUUAACAUUCAGAUCUUGGGAGUGAAAGGCUUAACUCCCAGAAGUGAUUAACACGUAACUUCUCCCUAUAAUAUUCUUAUGCUAUCCUACAAACAGGUAUUGAGAAUACUUAAAUUUAUCAAAGUGUAACUUCCCUAUUCUAUUGCAUUAUGUCCUGUGCCUUUUAUUCAGAUAAUUUUGUGUUUUAUUAUUUAUUUCUGUAAGAUUUGCAUAUAUCAAUGUUUUGGGUUUUCAUCUAGAUCCUUCAAGUUGCAGAAGCAGUAAGCUUGGAACAGGAAAGAAACAGUAUAUCAACAGCUGGAGGUUUGUUACUUGUUUUAUUUUAUUAUGUAAUUAUUCCACUGUGCCUUCAUGAGCCAGCAAACAGAUUGACAGAUGGACUGGCAGAAAUACAAAGAGAUAGACAAUCAGACUGAUUAUAAUCACAUUUUGGAUGAAACAGAUUUCAUCUAAAGCCUGCAGAUGCAAUUCAAGUAGAGCUAUGAUCUUAGAAGGUGUGCUGCAUUGCAAUUGCAGAAAAGGGGGCUGAAAAUUCAGGCUUUGAAAGGUUUGAACCUGAACUUCUUAGAUGGGCUGCAAAGCUGCACAAGGCAACUUUUUUAGGGUUCUCUUUUCCCAUAAAGGAAUUUGAUCAAUUUUUUAAUAAGAUACAUAUUUGACCUGCAGAGCCCAUGUGCAAAGAUCAUUGCUCUACUAGACUGAUAGUAAGUGAAUCAAGACAGAUAGGCAGAUAGACAUUAACAUACAUAGACAGAUACUCAGGCAUGAGGUUGGACAGGCAUGUACUGAGAAACACAGACACACCAACAAACACACAGUUUUUUAAUGGGAAGACAAGUGGGUUAAGACACUGACAUGCUUUAUUUUGUUCUUUGACAAUUUUUUUUUCAAAAUCCAGUGAAAAAAUUUUUUAAAAAAAAUUAAUGAUUUGAUGUUGUGCAUUUUUUAUGAAAGGUGAAAGUGUGAUGUCCGAUGAAACUAUCACAGCUGAAGAUAAAGAGACACCAAGAGAGGGUGAAGGUAUCCCUCCCUUAAAUCUAGAAGAUGACGAGGCCAGACCAGACUCCACAGCAAGAAUUAGUGCACGCUCAACUCUACAAAGGUUAGAUGCAAGCCUUGUGUAUAAUGUUCAACUGAUUGUCAAUGUGUGUACUUUGAAUGUCUUGUCAGACUGCACACCUUAAGAAUUCCAGUCUUUAUGCUUGUGUGGAAAAAUGAAUUCACAAGCUAACUUAAUAAAUUUUCAGCCAAACCUCAAGUUUGAAAAAAAUUCUCCUGUUGUUUUUGUAAUAAUUUUUUUUUGUUUUGUUUUGUUUUGUUUUUUCCUUGUCAAAAAAAAUUCACCAUCUUUAUAAUAAUAAUAUCUUGGGUUUAUUCACCAAGUCUCAUACAUGGUGUUGGAGAAGUUGACAUACGAGACAAGGAUGAAAAAGAAGACAACAGCUUUGAUGAAGAACAGUUAUCAGUUCCUGAAGUUGAAUCUCUGCCUUAUCUUUUGCUGGAUAUUAGAGAUGAAGAUGCCUAUAAGCAAUGUCAUAUCAUUGGAGGUGUGUACUCAUAAGGGUCAUGUUAGUAUUUUAGAUGUCUCUUUGGAUCAAUGUUGAUAUCUGAGCAAUGGUGCACCUAACCCUCCCCUAGUGCAACAACAGUUAACUAAUAACAAGUUAGGGUUGAUUUUGGUUUAGGGGAGGGAUAGGUGCACAGUUUCUCAGAUAUUAACAUUGAUUUGUCUCUUUGAAAAAAGAAAGCUUUCAAUUAUACAUCCUAUGGCUGUGUUUUUGGGAGGAGAGUGCUCUGUAUGUCAUAGCUCGCAAGCAGGCUCUUACAUAAGUGCUUUGGCACAAGCUGGUUUGUGUUAAAAUGACAGGUCCUGUUGCUUUUCACAAAUCAUAAUGAGGCCUUGAUCAUCUCUAUAACGCACCAGUUUUUGUCAAAAUGACAGGUCCUAUCACCUCUUACCAAUCAGGCUCUGGUUGUUCGGAGAAUGGAUAAAUCUGGAUAUAUCUCUAUCCUUUGGAUAAUGCAAUACUUUUUUUUAAUACUUAUCCUCUGGAUAGUGAGUUAUCCUCUGGAUAAUGUUAUCUUCCCUCUGAACUACUGGGUCCAGAAUGCUAAGUUCAUGGACCAUGGCAAACCUCUCCUUGGCUCAUCUCCAAUCUUCCUGCAGACGCUUCCUGCAGACACUUCCUGCAGACACUUCCUGCAGAUGCUUCCUGCAGACGCUUCCUGCAGACGCUUCCUGCAGACGCUUCCUGCAGACGCUUCCUGCAGACGCUUCCUGCAACACUAAUUAAUGAGGACCUGUAUUUUGUUUUAAAAUUUUUAACCAGCAUCUUUGAUUUGCAAAUCAUCAGAUGGCGGGGGGGGGGGGGUGUUGGGGGGAACAGUAGUUCCUGUUUUUUCAACCACAGCACCAUUCAGUAGUACAGACUGAUGCUGAAUGUAUUUUUAAUAUUGAACAAACGUUUGUCAGAAUUAACCGUUUUAUUUAUUUUCAGCUCUUAGUUAUCCUUCUUCGAUGCUAUCAAGAUCGUACAACUAUUUCACCAAAGAAAUUCUUACAUUUGUAUCCUUUUUUACUAGAGAGGGGGUUAUUCUGGAUUUUUUUUUCAAAUAUUGUGAAUUUGUAAAAUUGCAACAUAUACCAAACUUAAGGGUUGCUAAGUGAAAUCACUGCAUGUAUCUUAUGGCAAAAACGCGCGAUAUUAUUCAUAAAAUCAUAAACCUUUUGAAGACCUAGAAUGCCAAAAUAGAAAUAACUGAUUUCCAUAGAAGCUGAAUUUUUCACCAAACACCAGCAAACGCAAUUUUUUUUUGGCAAAAGUAGUCCGCCAUUAGUGUAGAACACGAGCGGUCCUUCUUUUUUAAGGCGAAAGGCCGUCGUGCGAGUUUAAAAAGAUCAACAGAAAAAAUUGACAUUUGCACGCCGCGCAGAAUUAUCGUGCGCCUCACUUCCAGAGUUCUACGUGCUGCGCGAACAUCAUUUUUCUCUUCGCUGAUUUUUUUUACUCGUGCGACGCACUUCGCCAUAAAGGAACGACUGCUUGCAGUCUGCCACAUGCGUUAGAGGAAUUUUUGUAUAAAUUACAUGGAGUAGAUAAAAUUACUGGGUUUACAAUUUGUUUUUAAGGUCAAUUCUGAAAAUGAUAUGUUGUCUUUGAUGCUUUAUCAUUUUUUUUGGUGUUCGCAUGCGAUUCUUAACUUUAAAAAAAUUGGACAGAAAAAUAAGCUGGGAAAGAUAAUAAUACUGUACGAUGAAGAUGAAAGAUUAGCUCCCGCAGCAGCAACGACUUUUGUACAGAGAGAGGUUGACAAUGUUUUCAUGUUGUCAGGAGGUGAGAAACGGCAGAAAAGCUUCGGCUUUCAAUGUUACUGGUUUCAGAUAACGAACCGACACUUUCCGAAAAUUGCCGAAGAUUUUCCGACGACAUACGGAGGUUGCUGACAAGUCAAUAAGAAUUUGCGCAAGUUGAAACAUAAUUUUCAGAAAUUUAUCACGAUUAAGAAAUUUUGCCAUAACAUACCAUAGCAUGAUUUAAGUAUUAAUGAGCUCCAAGACCACUAAAGUGAACGGCAGUGAUUCAUUUUGCAGGUCUCAAAGUGUUGUAUAAGAAGUUUCCUGAAGGCUUAGUCGCUGGUCAAGUACCACAGUCCUGCUGGCCCACCCCUCCACCUUCACGAAAGUCAUCCGGGAAAGCGACUAGCGCGACUAGACCCAGUCCAUGCGCUUCUGCUGGCCAGAAAUGGUUUUAUCCAGAGGGUAUCUUUUGCAAUGAAAAUGAGACUUAACCAAGAAUUCUCUUUAUAGUAAUAUUCGAUAAAAAUACUACGAUUAUUUCGCUGAUUAUUUUUACUGACUAUAGAGGCAAAUCUUCCGAAGAAAAAAUUCUAAAAUUAAGUUGUAGACUGAGAAAACGUUAAGUUGCUUGAAAGCGCGUGAAAAAGACUCUUUACCUUUUGAUUUCGAGUAGCGAUUUACAUUUAAAUUCUCCUUACAGUAAUAAUACAUUUUGCUGCAAAAAGGUGAAGAGAAAUGACACAGUUGUCAGCUGAAUGUUGCCUUCUUGAUUUUACACCUAAUUUACUGGUUAUGACAAAUUUUCUUAACAAAUAGAUUCAAUGUUGCCAUACUCCUGUUGAGUAAAUAGAUUACAGAUAACAUCAAAAUGUGGUAAUAACAAAAAAGUGGUACACGAGGCGCAGCUGAGUGUGUCACUUACGUAUUUACCCUGUUUUGACGUCUUCUUUAAUUUUUUAUUGUACAGACCCACGUCAAAUUGGAAUCUAUUUGUUUUAUAUGAUUAAAAAAGGCAAAUACUGGUAAUGAUGACGUCAUCUAUGAUCUGUCCUCUAAUAAAUCAGAACCAAUCAAACUGUGUGUAUGAUUAAGCUUAUCAUAAAAAAUAAGGUAGAUCUGUAAUUCUCGUCGAUCUUGUUGAUGAGUAUAAAAUUCCUGUUUAGUAUAUACGUUAGAUUUCUCCUUGACAUGAAGGCAGAUCUGGUGAAACUCCAAGAUAAACUGGAUGAUGAACUUUUGAGUCAAGACAAGAGCAGUAAGUUGUAGUGAAAUAUGAUCAUGUAUAGAACUUCAUGGAUGAUUAACGUUAGAAGGAGCUUGUAAAUGUAAUUAGUAAAAUGAAGAAGAAGAAAUACAGGUUGAUAUUUAAUUUAUUGAUUAAUAUAUUAGUUAAUAAUUGAUUCAUUGACUUAUCAUGUGACCCGUCCGUCCGCGCGCUCUAUUACUGGAAAACAUUAGACAAAAAUUCCCUUGUGAGGGCCGUUAGCGAUGGUGUGAGCUGAACCGGAAAAAGCCGCACGGCCGCGAGCCUAGCUGGGGGUAAGAAAAGAACAUAGUAUGAAAAAAAUAGAACGAUGGUCAUGAAAACAAUACAUAUUGACACCCUGAAGUCGGGCUCGACGGGAAAAUAUUUAGCUUUCGGUCAUGAAGCACGGACAGAGUGCAGCGAGAAAUACUGAGCGCUCUUUCGUUAAGAUGACGCCUGUUCUACAGGUUAAUUAAUUAAUUGCUGCUUCAUGAAUGAAAGUGAAUGAAUGAAUAGUUGAAUAAAAGAAGGAAUGAAGAAAGAGAGAAAAACAAGAUUGAGACAACACGAUUGCUAUUUGACAGAUGUACUCUCGCUUUAUUACUUCACAGGCCGUCAAAAUUCUCGUUUGUCCAGUCGAUCAGCAGCGUCAUCGGCAAGCAGAGCGUCAACUGCCGCCAGCUCUGCCACCAGUCGCAGCUCGAAACCUGUCUGGAAAUAAUCCAAUAGAUUUCAAGACAUUUCUCUUUUCAGGACCGCUCAUCCAAGGAAGCGCGUGAAGGCCUGGAAGAAGCCUCAAUUUGCGAAGGGCCAUGUUAACCAGCCUCCAUAGAAGGCCACGUGGAAAAAAGUUUGCAGAGGUAUUGCGUGGGUUUGACGAUGAAAUGGAUAUUUUGGACAAAGAUCAAUGGACGAAGAGAGCCGUUAAAGAAUUCUCUAGACUGCAGCAUACGUUGGCAAGAAGCUUUACUUGCUUUAGUUUGUGUCACUCAUUUCACAAUCGGGCACUGGUGCUCAAUAUACUCAAUAUUUCCUUAACUUUUUGUUCUCUCCAACCAUUUUAAUAAUAGAUAUUCUGUUAUGAAUGGGAAAGUUUUUCCAUGUUUCAUGGCUAUAAUAACUAGAUAUCGGACGAAUUCGGGAAAACAGGGGAACGUCGGUUGCAGGCGUCUGAGACGUACCACGGUGUGAUCGCAAAACCAACAAUCAAACAAACGAACAAAAUCGCUAGCAAAACGAAACUAUCUUGGGUUGGCGUGGUCUACUUCGUCUUCUCUCGGUUCGUUCUACCCGUGAGCUAGGAAACCUGGGUCGAAUUCAUGCAGUCGAGGCUAUUAGUGGAGUACUUGUGAUAAACAUUUUGAAACAUCAAAUAUCCUCUUGUAGACUAUUAAUUUUCAGAUAGUCCUAAAAGAAAAAAGCAUUUCCGCAGGAAAGAAAAAAUUGGAAAGCAAAUGAAAUAAGAAAGUUGAACCCCUAAAGUAACUUUGGAAGGUUGUUUUUCAAGAGAGGUCUCGAAGCCUCGAUUUCACCUGCUCGACCCAGUUUUCCUGUUUUGCAUUCUAAGCGUUGGUUAUUGUUGUGAACUCCACCCUGUCGCUCCUUUUAACGGGAGUCAAAGUGAACUGCAUUAUAUUUUUUGUCCUGGACGAUAAUCUUUUUUUUAUGUUUGACGUAAUGAGAACGAUUGGAUUAAAAAAGAUAUCCCUCGUGCCCCUUCAUAAUUUUAAGUGUUUAUUGGCUCAGUUAAGAGUACGAGUCAUAAGAUUUUGAGUGGAAUGGUAGUCGCUGAUUACCGCUGAAUGAGUCUCUUCACACGACAUGUACUUGUAAUAGCACUCUGUUAAUAAAAUGAGA